AUGGAAGACGCACGAGGGAUUCUCUGCGCUGAUGCCCGCUGCCUCGGUGACGUGGUCACAGAGAAGGGCCUGGUGGCUUUGAAGGAGCCUGUGGCCCACGUCCAGCUUGCUUGUCGUGCUCAGUACUGCGCUUUCCCUGCAGAUGGGAACACGCUUUGUGUGUGGAGCACCGAGGACCCUUCGUACCAGCCUCUGACCCUCGGAGGCCACCACGAGCCGGUUACUGCCGUGGCGUUUGGAAACGCAGCGAGUCCGCUUCUCCUCUGUUCUGCCUCGCGAGAUCACGUCAUAACGUGGAGACUAGAUGAGUGCCGACAGGAGGCACUUCAAGGGCGGACUCCUCGGGGGCUGGUCGUGGGCACCCUGCUGGGAAAGGUGCUGUGUUUGCGGUUGAGCCCGGACGACCGUGCGGCUGCUGUGUGCGCUGGAAAGAAGAUAUUUGUGCUGGAUACCGAGAGCCAGUCUACGCUAGCCGAGCUGGAGGGUCACCGGGGCGCUGUGACCGCAGCCGAGUUCUGUCCGUGGCAAACACGUAUCGUCGUCUCAGUGUCUGAAGACAGGAGCUUUAAGGUUUGGGAUCAUCACAUGGGAUCACUGAUCUACAACUCCUCAGUGCUGACAGCCUCCCCUCUCCUGAGUCUCCUCAUCCAUGCGGGGAGCCGACAGCUGGUGACAGGAUGUGCGUGUGGCCAGCUUUGGAUCUUUAGUCUGGCUGAAGGACAUCAUUACCGUUGCGUGACACGAGUGGACCUGAAGAAGAAGAGAGAGAGUUUCUCCAGGAGGAUUGAGUCCAGGCUGUGCAGCCUGCCAGGUGGACGUGAUCCUGCUUUAGGAACAGAGUUAAACUCUGCUGUGCCUGGAACGCCCCCUUUCCUCCUGACAGGCCUCACAUACGGGGUGUGCUCGGCGUUUAUAAUCUCAGUCUCAGUCGUGUGCAAGUGUGAAGACAGUCCGCAGGAGGUCGAAGCAAGCCUCCCGGUCCUGAGUCUGGCGUCGUGUGAUCUGUCCGUCAUCCUCCCUGCCGAGUGUGGGGGUCUUUCUUCUGCGAAUGCCGUGUGCUUAUGGAUCGGAAGCUCCGUGGGCCUGUUCUUACUUAGCUUGGCAAGCUUUGAACUGGAAGCCGCCUUACAUUACAAGGACUUCAGGAGCCUCAGCAUUCGGGUUACUGGGUCCUGCGCAGUGGAGAGCCGAGCAGGCGGUGACAAGGCCGUCUGCUUACUCACGUCCUUGUUUGGCCAUAAGAUCGCCUUGCUGGAAAUCCACGUGGCUGCUCUGGUGACGUCGCAGCGGAGGCACGCCGCGGGAAGGGGUCUGUCCGUGCUGCCUCGUGCCCACGUUCUGUCCACGUCUCCGCUGCGCUUCAGACCCGCUGAGGACAGGGUGCAGCCGGCUCCGCAGGCGCCGUCCGGUUCGGGCGCUCUGUCCUCGUCACGUUCACCGGCUGCUACCUCUGGCGCUUGUCUUACAGCGGUGCGGAGCGCCGUUAAGGACCGGCCCCUGGUUUUCCACAGCAAAGUGAGGUCGUCUGGGUACGCGUCCACACCGCGCCCCAGGGGACCUGCGGCUCCUGCGGCAGAUGCAGAGCCUGUGGCGCUGGCCCGGGGCCAGGCCGCCUCUCCUGCGUCCCCCAUCCUGAUGGCUCUGGGCACAGCCCGAUGCAGAGUGUGCUGCUUGCUCCGGGCAGCGGGUGUGGGCUGGGGCCGUGGCUGUGCCCCGUGCAACCCUGAGGCUCGGCACCCUGUGUCCCGGCAUUACUGGGGUCUCGUUUCUUCAUCUGAGGAACAGGCCAGUACCAGGCGACCGUUCAGCCACUGCCAACUGGGAGAGAAUGAAGUUGCACGGGUGGACGGGGAGAGGCCAGCAUUUCCAACCCCUCGUUUUGUUUCUUAUCUCACUCGGAACUCUCUUGAUCUUCAUGGUCCUGCUGUUUCUUCAAGUAAGGAGUACCCUCUGGAGCUUUCUGUGCCAACCAGAGUCCAGAAGCAGCUUGUCCUCGCGCACGGGCCGCCCGCUGCCGCCACCUGCGUCCAGUACUCAGGAGAUGGACGGUGGCUCGCCUGCGGCUUAGCCAACCACUUGUCACUGGUCCUCCGUGCUGAUCUCACUGGGACGCCUACUGUUCUUUCAGGUCACGACGGGCUGGUGAGCACUGUGUGCUGGAGCCUGGACGGCAGGUGGUUGCUGUCUGCUUCCCGGGACGGGACGCUGCGGCUGUGGUCGCUCCGCCGGGCGGAACACGUGUUGUGUGUGGGCAGGGACCUGUUUUCCAAGCCCGUUGGGUCCGCACAGUUUUACUACCUGGACGCUUUCAUCUUGUCGUCUUCUGGCCCCGAGCUCCAGCUCCUCAGGCACCACGUCGACGACAGCGAGGACGAGAUCCGCAGAUACAGACAGAAGAGCUGGUGCAGACGUGUCUUCAGGCUCCGUACGACCGGUGCGACGGGGAUUACCAGUUUAUCAGCCGUAAACGACUUCUACUCCUACCUGGUGCUUGCGGCUGGCAGGAACAGGACUCUCGAGGUUUUCGACCUCAAUGCAGCUCGCAGUGCAGCCAUGAUAGUGGAAGCCCAUUCCCGGCCUGUCCACCAAAUCUGCCAGAAUAAAGGAUCGUCAUUCACGACUCAGCAGCCGCUGCUGUAUAACCUGUUUGCCACCACAGCCACUGGGGACGGUGUGAAGCUGUGGGACGUGAGAACCCUGAGAUGCGAGCGCUGUUUUGAGGGGCAUCCAAACCACGGAUACCCCUGUGGGAUUGCCUUCAGCCCGUGCGGACGCUACGUGGCUUCUGGUGCGGAGGACAGACACGUGUACAUAUAUGAUGUGGGCUCGAGCACGUUUUCUCACAGACUGGCUGGACACACGGACACCGUCACUGGUGUGGCCUUCAGCCCGUCAGUCCCACAGCUCGCCACGGUCAGCCUGGAUGGAAACCUGCAGCUGUCCGGAGCUGAGAACUGA